AUGGAUCUCGCUUCAUCUGUUAGUGUUCUCCUCGAGGCCUUUUCAAAUGCCGAGGAUGUAGAUCGGCUAGACAAGAGUGGGGGUGAUCUAGGUCCCUUUGCGCAGCAGCUCAUCGCAGCAGGCUCUGAUCAACCUCACAUGACACUGACACAAAAUGUACCCCAAACAUAUCCGCUAGACAGUUAUCUUACGACAAUAAAUGAGCUUCUCUCGCCGCGAACGCCCGAUCUCAUCCUUGGGGAAUACAACCAACCAUGGGAAUUACAGAGGACCUUCAAGACCCAGCUUCCCAAUGUCUCCCAAGACACCGAAGAAUAUCUGAAAUUGAAAGGAGCUUUGAGGAUUGUCCCCAUUGAGCUUCGAAACCAGCUGAUUGGAGCCUAUAUAAAAUAUGUUCAUCCUCUGCUCCCAAUCAUCGAUUUGCAAUGGUUCUUAGUGAAUGUUAUCGUCGAGGAUGAGUCCAAGUUUGCAAGUCCACUUCUCCAUCAAGCUGUGAUGUUGGCUGGCAGUGCAUUCAUUGAGCAAGAAGCUGCCAUUAAAGCUGGAUUUUCAUCACGGAAGGCCCUACGCAAAACACUAUUUGGGCGAGCGAAAAUCCUUUAUGAAUUCGAAACAGAACCCGACGCAUACAUCCAAAUUCAAGCCUUGUUACUCAUGAUGCAAUGGCAUGGAAGUGGUGCUGGCCACAAAGAUCCAACAUAUUGGUUCGAUCUUGCAUAUUCGACCGCAGAGCGCGUUGGCCUGCUGCGGAGCCUGGAGCCAGGCAGUUUCUCCCACAAGCAUCGGUUGUGGUGGUGUCUCUACGUUCGCGACCGCAUUCUUUCCCUUGGCUUCCGCCGUCCACUGCGAAUCCCCAAUGGAGAUGUUAGGAUGUCCCUGCUAGAAUCCACAAAGUACUAUUCUUCCGAGCCCUACCAUGAGCUUGUUCUAGUGAUGCUAGGAGACGCCUCCGCUAUGCUCAACUGGGAAAAUCAAGAACGGGUGAUGCUUUUGUUCAUUCAAGAAAUAAAGUUGGCACAUUGUGUUGGGGUGAUUGUGGGGCAUUUCUACCAAGGUGCCUGGUCCCCUUCACCAUCGGGAUGCUCUAUCUAUUCUCUUGUCCCGAAGUCGAAUAUAUCGCAAUGUGCCUUAACAGAAUGCGAACGGCUUCUGAAAACUUGGAUUCAGGAUCUUCCUGCCCCAGCACAUUACUUUCCUCCUUCUUUGUUGCACGAUUAUCAUCCAGAGUCCCCAGAGAUUGUGCUUCUUGUUCAUCAGUCUUUCCUAUAUCUCCUUCACCUUACUGCAAUGUCCAUUCUGUAUCAAGCCGCAUCGAACGGAGAAGAUGGUCACCGGACAGCGAUCAUGCCAGAAAUGAGAAACCUCACAGCCCGGGUCAAUGAGACCCUCAACGAGCUAUACGACUGCAGCAUGCUUCAUUUCCUCCCUGGGAGCACAGUCACCAUCCUUUUAAUCAUUCUCGAGGCAAGCUUGCCGGACCUCAAAGUAUCGGAUGAUAUUGUGCGUCUGCAAGCUAUGUCGAAUCUGUACGCCUGUGAAGAAGCAGCCGGCCAUUUACUUCAAACAUAUCCCGCAGCUGAGAUUGUUCUUUCGCAAGCGCAGACUGCUCGUGGGCAUCUCCUAGGCUUAACUGCAACUUGA